AUGUCUACUACACAGAUCAUAUUCUAUGAAGACAAGAACUUCCAAGGUCGCUCCUAUGAGUGCAACUCUGAUAGCACAGAUCUUCACUCCCAUUUCAACCGCUGUAACUCUAUUAAAGUGGAAAAUGGAAACUGGAUGGUGUAUGAACGUGCCAACAAUCAGGGCCACCAGUACUUCUUAAAAAGGGGAGAAUAUCCUGACUUCCACCACUGGAUGGGAUUUAAUGACUCCAUCAACUCUUGUAAUCAUUUUUAUUUUCAGCACCGCGGUACUUUCCGUAUUAAAAUAUAUGAAAGAGAAGAUUUUAGGGGUCACACAGAAGAAUUUACAGAAGAUUGCCCACAAGUUUAUGAAGAAUUUAAAUACCAUGAUAUUCACUCCUGCAAUGUGCUUGAGGGACACUGGAUCUUCUAUGAAUUGCCCAGUUAUAGAGGUCGUCAGUAUUACCUGAGAUCUGGAGAGUACAGGAGACACUCUGAUUGGGGCGCUGUGAAUGCUAGGGUUGGCUCCUUUAGAAGAGUUCAGGAUCUGUAUUAA